CACGCGUACCGCACGAGACGGCACGGGCACGAAACAGCGGAUCCACAGCCAUGGCCUCCUCCGCCCCCCAGAUGGCGGCGGCCGCGCCGGAGAACAGACCUCCCCGCUCGCUCUUCGACCUCCCCUCGGACUUCUUCGACUCGUAUGUACUCUUCCGGUCCCACCCCGCCUUGGCCCCUUCCACAGCGGAGCCGUCCGAACCCUCCAGGCCGGCGCCGGCGCCGUUGCAGCAGCAGCAACCGCCGGAGGCCGCGGGGUUCCGGUGGACGUGUAACACCUGCGCCGGCGAAUUCGAUUCGCUGCAGGAGCAGCGCGAGCACUUCAAGUCCGAUCUCCACCGCCUCAACGUUAAGCUGAGUGUUGCUGGUAAAUCUAUUAUCAAGGAAGAAGACUUAGAAAAAAUUGAUUCCGAUUCUCUGUUUGACGAUUUGGAGGUAUCUAGUGUAUCUGGUUCUGAGGACGAAAGGGAAGAUGUACCUGCAUCGGAUCACCAUCUCUCAGUUAAAGGCAAGGAAGACUUCAGGAAGAAACUUUUUUUUCAUGGUCAUUCUGGUGACACGGUUUCUUUUUGGAGAUGCAUACUGUUCAAAGAACAUGAAGAACCAUUUUUUGACUGCAAAUCUGGAAAAAUGGAAAGUCACGGAUCUACAUCAUAUGUGCAUGAAGAUGAGAUGAUAAAUAGAGUGAAGCAGUUGGCAUGUGAACCUCGCAAUGCAUCACAUUUGAGGAUCAUUAUAUUAACAAGUGGUGGACAUUUUGCUGGAUGUGUUUUUGAUGGAAACAAAAUAUUAGCAAAUAAAACUUUUCACAGGUAUGUUGUAAGGGCAAAGGCUGGAAAGAGGCAGUCUGGAAAAGAUGCUACUGGAAAGGUUGCACACUCAGCGGGCUCUUCUCUUCGCCGCUAUAACGAAGCAGCAUUGAAAAAGGAAGUUCAAGAAUUAAUAGUUUCUUGGAAGCCAUACUUUGACGCCUGUGUUUGUGUCUAUAUAUACGCUCCAUCAAAGAACCGCCGGAUGCUCUUUGACGGGGAUAAGGCUCAAUCGGUAUUGCAAGCAUGUGAUAUUCGUCCACUCCCUUUGACUGUUCAUCGGCCCACCUUGAAAGAAGCGAAACGCGUAUACAAUAACCUAACACAGCUCUAUUAUGAGACGGAAUGUUCUAUUAUGGGUGAAGUCUUACCCCUUGUGGAAAAUGUGACAAAGUUUGAGCAAAGUACAGAAGCAAGGGAAGAAACAAGUGUGGCCCCUGAGGAACCUAUUUUGGACUCAUCAGAUUCGCAUGAAGCAAUGGCCAUACCAUCUAAUAAUGCAACAACACCUCUCCAUGAAGCUGCAAAGGCUGGCAAUGUUGAACAAACUAUGGAAUUGCUCGAGCAGGGUUUGGAUCCUUGUAUCAAAGAUGAAAGAGGAAAGACACCUUACCUGCUGGCUUCGGACAAAGAAGUGAGAAAUACGUUCAGAAGAUUCAUGGCGCUCAACCUUGACAAAUGGGAUUGGCAUGCUGCUGAUGUGCCUAGUGCAUUAACAAAGGAAAUGGAAGAAUCACAAGCUGCAAAACAGGCAGAGAAGGAUGCCAAGAAGAAAGCCAGAGCAAAGGAACUGAAGAAACAAAAAAAGGCUAGAGAGAAGGAAAAGGAGAAGGAAAAGGAAAAAGAGAAGGCGCUAGCAGCGCAAUCACAACCUGUUGCUAAAGGUACUUCAGUUGGCCAAAUGGGCAAACCAACUGCUUCUGUGCCAGGCCUGAAACAUAAGAAUCCCCAGGCUGUUGCUCUUUCAAUGCAGGCAAGGUACCAUUCCAUAGGUACAGCUACAAGUACUGCAGCACUACAUGUAUGCAUCUCCAUUCAGAAAUGCUGGAAGAUGACUGAGAUUUUUGUUGUCGUGGAGAAACAUACCGAGAUUUUGUGGAUCAAGGAGGAGCUGGACGGCGUCGACCUGGACCACGUCGAGGGCCAGCCCACCGGCAGGCCCGACGUGGACCCUCUCAACAAGAGCGUCCCCGCCGGCCGCUACUUCGCCGCGCUUCGCGGCCCCGAGCUCGACGAAGUCCGCGACUACGAAGACAUCCUGCUGCCCAAGGACGAGGUGUGGCCGUUCCUGCUGCGGUUCCCGAUCGGCUGCUUCGGCGUCUGCCUGGGGCUCGGCAGCCAGGCCAUCCUGUGGGGCGCGCUGGCGGCGAGCCCGGCGAUGGGGUUCCUCCGGGUGACGCCCAUGAUCAACGUCGCCGUGUGGCUGCUGGCGACGGCCGUGCUGGUGGCCACGUCCGUCACCUACGCGCUCAAGUGCGUCUUCUACUUCGAGGCCAUCCGGCGCGAGUUCUUCCACCCGGUGCGCGUCAACUUCUUCUUCACGCCGUCCAUCGCCGCCAUGUUCCUCGCCAUCGGCCUCCCCCGCGCCUUCGCGCCGGCGAGGCUGCACCCGGCCGUGUGGUGCGCGUUCGUGGCGCCGCUGUUCGCGCUGGAGCUCAAGAUCUACGGGCAGUGGCUGUCGGGCGGCAAGCGGAGGCUGUGCAAGGUGGCCAACCCGUCGUCCCACCUGUCCGUGGUGGGCAACUUCGUGGGCGCCAUCCUGGCGGCGCGGGUCGGGUGGGAGGAGGCCGGCAAGUUCCUGUGGGCCAUCGGCGUCUCCCACUACAUCGUCGUCUUCGUAACGCUCUACCAGCGGCUGCCCACCAACGAGGCGCUGCCCAUGGAGCUGCACCCGGUCUACUCCAUGUUCAUCGCCACGCCGUCCGCCGCCAGCCUCGCCUGGGCGGCCAUCUACGGCAGCUUCGACGCCGUCGCGCGCACCUUCUUCUUCAUGGCGCUCUUCCUCUACAUGUCCCUCGUCGUGCGCAUCAACUUCUUCCGUGGCUUCCGGUUCUCCAUCGCGUGGUGGUCCUACACGUUCCCCAUGACGACGGCGUCGCUGGCGACCGUCAAGUAUGCCGAGGCCGUGCCGUGCUUCACGAGCAGAGCCCUCGCGCUGAGCCUGUCCCUCAUGUCGACGACCAUGGUGUCGCUGCUGCUCGUGUCGACGCUCCUGCACGCCUUCUACUGGCGCUCGCUGUUCCCCAACGACCUCGCCAUCGCCAUCACCAAGGACCGGCAGAGCGGCGCCGGGAGGCCGCACGGCAAGGGGAGGAAGGCCGGCAAGAGGGUGAACGACAUCAAGCGGUGGGCCAAGCAGGUGCCGCUCUCGGUCGUCUCCUCCAUCACCAAGAGCAACUCUGCAGACAAGGAAGAAGAGGAGAAAACAGACUAGUUGUACAUACUAUGUGUGAUUAAACAGCAUUACAGGGUUCCAUGGCUUGAUCAGCAU